UCUCUGCCCAGGGGAAGUCAGAGCCAGCUUCAGGACCAGCAGGAGGAUGGCGGAGAAUCUGGGGCUGGGCUUCGGGGAAACAGCCAGUGUGGAAAUGCUGCCCGAGGAAGGCAGCUGCACACCCAAGGCCAGAGCCAGGCUGGCAGCCAGGAGCAGCAUGCGCUGGGCUCUCACCUGCUGCCUGGUAUCGCUCCCCAUCCUGGCAGGACUCACCACCUACCUACUCGUGGGCCAGCUCCGGGCCCAAGGAGAUGCCUGUGUGUUCCAGACUUCAAAAGGGCAAGAGUUUGGACCCUCACAUCAGCGAGCUUAUGCAAUUUCCGGAGCUGGUGGGGAUAAGCCAAGGGCACACCUGACAGUUGUCAGACAAAGUCCCACACAGCCCUUGAAAAAUCAGUUUCCGGCUCUGCAUUGGGAACAUGAACUUGGCUUGGCCUUUACCAAGAACCGGAUGAACUACACAAAUAAAUUCCUGGUGAUCCCAGAGUCAGGAGACUACUUUGUUUACUCCCAGGUCACGUUCCGAGGAACCACAUCUGAGUGUGGUGAAAUCCACCAAGUGAGCCGACUGAACAAGCCAGACUCCAUCAUCGUGGUCAUCACUAAGGUAACAGACAGCUACCCAGAGCCGACCCAGCUCCUAAUGGGGACCAAGUCCGUGUGUGAAGUAGGGAGCAACUGGUUCCAACCCAUCUACCUAGGGGCCAUGUUCUCCUUGCAGGAAGGGGACAAGCUGAUGGUGAACGUCAGUGACAUCUCUUUGGUGGAUUACACAAAAGAAGAUAAAACUUUCUUUGGAGCCUUCUUGCUGUAGGGGCAAGGCAGGCAUCCUCGUGUGAAG